UAGUAGAUUGCUUCUUGCUACCCCAGAGGCAGUGCUCUGCCCCGUUCCCAACUCCCCAUGUUGUGCACGAGGGCCCAGGCAUGGAGGGAAGAGGCUUGUCCACAGUCCCUUGCAGCACGCGCCGACGAUGUUGGAACCAGCCUCUACUUUGUGAACGACUCUCUGCAGCAGGUUACCUUCUCCAGCACGGUGGGGGUGGUGAUCCCCUGCCCGGCCGCAGGGUCCCCCAGCGCCGUCCUCCGCUGGUACCUCGCCACAGGGGACGACAUCUACGAUGUCCCGCACAUCCGGCAUGUCCACGCCAACGGGACUCUGCAGCUCUACCCCUUCUCGCCAUCAGCCUUCAAUAGCUUUAUCCAUGACAACGACUAUUUCUGCACCGCGGAGAACUCGGCGGGCAAAAUCAGGAGUCCAAAUAUCCGCGUUAAAGCAGUUUUCAGGGAGCCUUACACCGUCCGGGUGGAGGAUCAAAGGUCGAUGCGUGGAAAUGUGGCUGUUUUCAAGUGCCUCAUCCCUUCUUCAGUGCAGGAAUAUGUUAGUGUUGUGUCCUGGGAGAAAGACACCGUUUCUAUCAUCCCAGGAAGAGGGGGAGGAACUCCUGCGACAGAGCCGCUUUGAGACCCACCUCAGUAGGUUGCUUUAAAAAAAGAAAAAGAAGAGCCGGCUCCAGAUGGGAGAAUACGGAGGAGUCCAGGAAACCAAAUUCAGGUCUUGGAUUCAUUUACUUUCAGAUGGAUCGUCACCCUCAUUUUUACUUGGCCCAAAGUCUCUGCCGAAGCCACAGAAGCUGCUUUUGAGUUGCUGUGCUCUAGUUAUCACGGCAUAGAAAUUUCAAUUUCAAUAGCAGCGCAUUGUCUUUGCGAUAAGUACUGCACCAAAUGGAACUUAAUUUAAACAGCCAUAGCAACUGCAAACCCGGCGUGUGCAGAUAUUCAUGCUAAAGUGGGUCAAAUACAUCACGGCCCUACUGAUGUGUGUGUUUAUGGCAGAGCUUUCCAAGUUGCCAGAGCCUUUGGGAGCCCAUCGGAGACUCCCGGGAAGGCACGUCUUUGUCAGCGGUUGCUUUCCCCCUUGUCUGCAGCCAUGAGCUUCCCUC